AUGUCUGAAAAGAAGCCCUAUGAAGAAGGUGGUGAAGAAGAGCCUGAACGAGGCCAUUGGGGACAUAAGAUGGAUUUUCUCCUGUCUUGUAUCGGCUAUGCUGUAGGUCUUGGCAACGUCUGGAGAUUUCCGUACUUGUGUGCCGCAAGUGGAGGCGGUGCUUUCUUAAUUCCUUACUGCAUCAUGUUGAUCCUUGUUGGUAUACCAAUUUUCUUUAUGGAAUUGACUAUUGGUCAGUAUUCACAAGAAGGACCACUCAAAGUUUGGGAAAAUAUCUUUCCAUUGCUAAAAGGAGUUGGUUAUGCUAUGUUAGUCUGCUCUUUUGGUGUUGGAAUUUACUAUAAUAUCAUCAUUGCAUGGUGCUAUUACUUUUUAUUUGCUUCCAUGCAAAGUAAAUUACCUUGGGCAAGCUGUGGUAAUCCGUGGAACACUGCUCUCUGCAGGACUAGCGUUACCCGUUGCCCAACAGCGAAUGUUACUAACACGACAGGAGUUGUUACUACUGUUGCUCCAACCACAAUGGCGAACAAUAUGACGAAUUUGACUGCUUGCAUUCCUAAAGGAUUUAAAGUCACUUCUCCUAGUGAAGAAUAUUGGAAUAAACAAGUAUUAGAUAUUAGCAAAGGAAUUGGUGAGGCAGGCCAUAUUCGUUGGCAUUUAGCUCUCUGCUUAUUACUUGCUUGGAUUGUUAUCUACUUUUGCAUCUUUAAAGGAAUCAAAUCCUCUGGCAAGGUCGUUUACUUCUCUGCUACCUUCCCUUAUGUUGUCUUGGUUAUUCUGUUGAUCCGUGGUGUUACCCUGAAAGGGCAUCUAGAAGGAAUUAAUUUCUAUCUCACGCCUCGAUGGGAGAAACUUUCAGAUGCAAAUGUGUGGGCUUCCGCUACUACUCAAAUUUUCUUCUCACUUAGUGUUGGAUUCGGAGGUUUAAUUACUAUGGCCAGCUAUAACAAGUUCUACAAUAAUUGCUUUAGGGAUUCUCUAACAGUAUCUCUCAUCAACUGUGGUACAAGUUUCUUUGCUGGUUUUGUAAUCUUUUCUGUAGUUGGUUUCAUGGCCAAUUCCUCAGGCAGACAAGUAUCUGAGGUUGCUGAUCAAGGUGUUAGCUUAGCCUUUAUCGUUUAUCCAGCUGCUGUAGCUGAAAUGCCUGUAUCGCAGUUAUGGUCGAUCAUAUUUUUCUUCAUGUUGAUCACCUUGGGUAUGGAUAGUCAGUUUGCAUUUAUGGAAACAAUCAUUACCGCUGCUGUUGAUGAAUACCCCAAAGUUUUAAGAGCUAAAAAAUGGUUCAUCUCCAUGAUUGGUUGUAUCACUCUCUACUUCUUGGGAUUGCCAUGCAUUACCCAAGCUGGUGCUUACGUCUUACAAUUGAUGGAUGAUCAUGUCGCUGGUAUCUCCCUGUUGAUCUUGUGCAUCUUUGAAGUUAUUGGCUGCGGUUGGGGCUACGGCGCCUUCCAAUUGAUGAAAGAUGUAGAAAAAAUGAUUGGCUAUAAACCAUUCUUGUAUUACUGGUGGAUAGGUUGCUGGAAGUUCUUGUCUCUUGCCACUUUACUAUUUGUUACAAUCUUUAAAAUUGUUGGUUAUAAGAAAUCUUCAUUUGGUGGUAAGCCCAUGCCCGAUUGGGCCGACGGUGUUGGCUGGUUUAUGGCCUGCUGUUCAAUGGUUUUCAUCCCAGGAGUUGCACUCUAUAAAAUGUUUACUACUGAUGGCUCUUGGAGUGAGCGUUUUCGAAUCUUGACAACACCUCGUGAUGACAAAUAUGGUGAUUUGCAAAUUAGCGCUGUCGAACAUGAGCUAAGAAAAGAAAACGGCCAUAAUAUGGAACAAACUGUUUAAAUAUGUAAGCAAGAGAUGAUUAAAAAGGGCGCAUCACCGAAUCCAUUUCAAACUAUUCCUUUUCUUUAAGUAAUAAUUCGAUGAAAUAUCCCGAUUAGUGUGUUUUUGUUUUUUUCUUAUUCAAGUAAAUUGUAUGUACUCGUAUGCUUAACAACGCAUGGGCUAUGGAUUAAUAGGCUUGAGCAGAACUAAUAUCUAUUUCAUUAAUUUCACUUGGUACGUAAUUUAAAUUCAACUUUUAUUUAUUCCUCUAUUAAUAUUAAAUUAGUCAAUAUACGUAUGACUAAGAGAUGAUAUCUUAAGCGUAGAGCUAGCUCCAUCGUAAGUCAUCAAAUUUAUUAUAGUAGCAUGGAAUGUUGGUUAAGUUUCAUUUUUGAUAAUUAAUAAGCCCAAUAUUAAUCCUUGUUAACGAUAGAAGUUAACCACUUAUUUUAACCUAAAAUCGAUGUAUUUGGUAUUGAUGAUAACAAGUGGCUUUUCUACAUCAUCUCAUUGCAUCAG